AUGCCUGCCUAUAUUCUCGUCAACGGGAGCAUUUCACUUGCGUUGUUAUCUUGGACUUGGAAGCAUCUUAUGCGGAAGUGGCCAAGUAUUGCGCCCACUCCAAGACCGAUGAAAUGUCCACCAGGUGCCAGAGCUAGCGAGGUCCCCGAUGCCCGAGAAACCGUUCACGAAUUAUCAGAGCCUUGGCCAAGUUUUGUUACAGCAAACUCGGAGGCUUUAAAAAACCAAUCGGCGCUGGAACGGGUUUCAUACAAUCCAAAUCCAAUAUCAGUCCACCUAUCCCCAAGUCGGAAGGCUGAACGCGUACGGUUUCCCCCGCUUCAGAUGGAAUUUGGAUUGCCGUGCGGUGCGGGGUGGCGAUUUAUCGCCCAACAGAUGGGUACGGUGAUACACUGCGUUAAGACCGUGUAUCUGAUUCAGGAAUGUGAUAUUGGGCUGCGGGAUCCUAUGGGGUAUGGCGCUAAUGACUCGAUUGUAUAUACGUCUUUCUGGGCAAGGAGCUUCCCUGCCGUGUUAGGGGUGAAGAGAGCGGUAUCAGCAUUGUAUUGGUAUACCUACUUUGACGCUAUUAGCACUACUAAUCCUGGGUUUUCUAUUGCUCCACAUCUCUACCAAGCGCUUCGAUUUUGA